AUGUCUAGAAAUAUAAACACUGUGUUUUGUGAAAAAAAUAGGAUGCUCUUUUGGAACAUCAAUGGAUACACCUUUGCAAAUUUUUCUUCUGCCCUUGCUUUGAGUGUACCUUAUGGCUCCACCUAGAUAAUGACUGUCAAAAAUUUGUUUAUGCUUCAGCUGCUCUUCAACUUUUAAUAGUCAGCAAAAAUUAUUUUAGCUAGAAUACUGAAUGUGGCUACGCCGAAUAGGAAAUUAGGCAUCAAUACGUUUGAGCACAUUAUUUUAAAAAUAACACAUACUUUUUUCUAUACAUAUGUAAUUUAGUACAUUUAUUUUUGUAUAAGUAAACAUUCAGUAUUCUCUCUCUAGAAUUUAAUUGAAGGAUCAGAUGUUUAUGAAGCUUUACUUGACGAUCCAAGCACAUUUUAGAAGAUUCUUUCAUUAAGAAUCUUUAGACGAUUCUUUCAUUAAGAAUCAUCAUAAUAACAAAUUACAUUUUUGCAUCUGCACCAAUUUUAUCUUUAAAGAUUCCAUUACAGAACCUAUAAAUUCUAUUUGUUUCUAAUUUGCAUUAAUCUUCAACAGUUUAUUUAUGACUUUAACAAUAUUUACUUUUAAAGAUAAUAAUCAUAUAAAUAACUGGAAUAUAGGUAUCCAAUAUGAAAUUUAUCAAAGUUUUGUUUCUACAAGAUAGUGGCUUUGUAUCUCAAUAUAAUUCUUAGUUUAUAUAUCACUAACAGAAAUCACAUCCGACUAAUUAAAGGAAAUUUAGAUAAUCCAUUGUAAACCUUAGAUUUAGAAUACUUUUAUUACUAUUCACUGAAAAAUAUUUUUAAUUGUAAUGAAUUCAAGUAAAUAUUGUGAAUUAAUCCAGGUUUCAAACAAAAAAGUGCAUUUCAAAUUUAUUGUGCUUUUAAUCCAUCCUGCAAAUCUAUCUGAGCCCAUUAUAUUAGAAUUUGCAUCUUGCUGGCUUUAGAAUAGAUAAUUUAAUUAAUUGA